CAGGGCCCCGCGGCCAGAAGCGGGAGUGGGUGGAUUCCUGUCAUAAACCGAAGAACCCUAGUGCGGCUGGGAGCACUGGCCUCCCGGCGCUGUGAGGGCUCCUGCUUCAGUGUUGGUGUUCACCUCCCUUUCCCAGCGCUUUGUUAGCGCUCUGGGGCAGCGCAGAGGAUCCCUAGCGGAGUAUUCCUGGGGCUCGCCAGCUGAAGCCGUAGAGAGUGGCCGCCUCCUACCAAGAACAGCGCUUGGGGAUGUCUGCGUUUCCCGGCGGCUCCAAUACUACGGUGGUGGGCGGAGAAGUGCCGAAGAAUAAACUGAAAGGAGGAAGAAUCGUGAAGUCUCGCUACCUGCAGUACGAUACAAAAGACACGAAGAAGGAUACUCCAACAAAUUCCUUUUCCACGUCUCCUUCUAGACCGUCUUUUUCAACUAAACCAAGAUCAGUACAUCCUCAGAAACAUGACAUUUCUGCUGGUGUUGACUCUAGCUUAUUCAGUGAGAGUAGUUUUGAAAAAGAUGACUUGCAGUCCACUUUAUUAGAUGAAGAUGAACUUAUACAACCACAGCUUGACAUUUCAGCUAUUAGUGAUAAAACUGUCCAUGAAAAGUCUCCUAGCUCACAAUCUGAUGGCAAAGAAGAUACAGAAACAUAUGAAGACCUAGAAGAAGUGGAAGAUGAUUCUGAUCCUCUGAUAUCAGAGCUGGAAUCUCGGACACUGCUUUUGACUUACCUAAGAGUAAAGGCAGGAAAAAAUCUUGCUGAGUUGGAGAAGAAAGCAGAAAAAAACUUACUAAUGUUGUGUGAAGAAAAGGAGAGACAACAGGAGAAGCUCUGUGAGUUGAAGCGUGAAAUUUUUUUCAAAGAGAGAGAGCAGAUACUUGAUGAUGCACUAGACAAACAGAUGGAAGUACUUUCUCCCCUUGUUCCUGUUUGUGAACAGUUUAAAGACCAAUAUAAAAGCUUUGCAGCUUCCCUGGAUACCACUAGACAUGAAUUACCCAUAAAGAAUAUUCACAUAGAAGGAGAUACACUAACAUACCUUGGUGAACUACAAAAGCAGUUAACUGUCACAAAGGAACUUCUGACAGAAGUUAUGCCAAGCUACUCAGAAGAAAGUGAAAAAACAUUUAACGUACUGAAAGACCUUAAAGAAGUUUCUCAGAAACUAGAUAAAGAGCUUCAAAGGAGCUUCACAGAAGUGCAGAACCUGUCAUUUCAGGUUAGUAAAGAAGUUUCUCUGCAUAACCAAAGAAUAUGUGAAGAGAACCAUGGACUAGAUGUUGUGAAACGCUGGUACUUCAACUAACUUUAUGUAUUGUUUUACUAACGAGUGGAUACUAAAUCAGUGCCAGCAGACUUCUUGUGUGAACGUAUAACUUGUUCAGAUUUUCAGUUAUAUCAGAAUAUGACACCAGCAGCAUUGUAUGCUUACCAAUGUAAGAAAUUGAGUUCUCUUCUGCAUGUUGUCCAAUAAGGAGUCAUCUUUUUUUUAGCAUGAAUUUCUGUGACACCUUUCUCAUCACUUUCUGCCUUGACAAUAAUGAAAGGUAAAUAAUAAUAAAUGUAAUUCUUAGCAAAUAUGACCUAUGUAUUCUUAAACUUCUUGUUUUACUUUCUUGGAACUGGCUUCAAGUACACUGAUUUGCAUCUCUUUCCAAAGUUGUGUUCGUUAGAGGGCAGAGUGUCGAAUAUAGGUGUGGACUUGUGUAUGUGAUACUGUGCAUUUGCUGGCCUCAUCAGGAGGAUCUGUAGGAAUGUACAGCAUGAUGAUUGGUCACUCAGUGAACAGCUUCUGGGGGAACUCUUAAUUGUCCCUUUUUUCUGGAUUUGCUGAGAUGAAAAGCUAUGUGGGUAGCAAAUAAUGAGGCUGAUGCUUGGAAGGAGCCUGGUCACUUGUAACAAGUGAAAAGUUUUGGUAACUUGUUGCCUAAUUGUCUUGGAAACAAAUUGUUAAAAUCAUAAAUGCUUUUAUAUUAACCUGAUACCUUCUCAUUAGGAUUUUAUUUAUUCUUUCUAAUAAUAAAGACUAUUUUCCACUGCUGUAUCAAUAGCCUUCAUGUCUGAAUAUCUUCACUGAUCUCCCACAGAAGCUCUUGUUUUCAUCUGGGCUUACACAGGGCUAACACUACACAAUAUGUGCAGUGAUGGACUUACAGGCACUAAGCAGUGGCACCCAGUGUGCCAAGGCCAGAAGAUUGUGAUGUGGAGAGAAACCUCAAACCUAACUACUGAGUAAGUGCCUGAGAGCAAGUGUGCUCUGUUACAAACAUACAUGCUAGGUGCAGCAGUUUUUUCAAUGUACUUUCCAUUUUUGUGCAUGGAAUGCAUGAAAGACAUGCUAUAUCCUGUUUUUUUUUUUUUUUUCACCUGUGGAACUUCUUUCUGUGACAGUUUUUCAGAAGCUUUGCUUUCUAUUUUCUGUUUAGUGUUAUAUUUUUGGCAUAAGCUGUGUCUAUAAAGCUUUUUGGCCUGUUCAAAAAAUACUCAGAGCUUUUUUCCUUGCACUCUUUGAAGUGUUAUUCAAGGUUUCCUCCUGGUAUUACUAAGGGUCUAACUAGAUUCUUGUCUUUUCCUAUUAAAAGUUAGGAGUAAAUUAAGCUGUAGUAACUGGAUCAAUAAAAUGUACAUCACACUGGGUAAAAAUCAAUAUAUAAUGAACUAAUAAAACCUUCCUUGUAUGUAA